AUGGGUGAACGCAGGAAGCAGAAUGCAAAAGGAGAUCACAAGAAAAUUGCUAAUGGAGCAAAAGAAGGUGAUGGGCAAUGGGGCCGAGCCUGGGAAGUGGACUGGUUCUCAUUGGGUAGCGUCAUCUUCCUGUUGAUGUUUGCUCCCACUCAUUGUCUAUUAUUUUGUGAUGUCAUGUGACCAGUACCAAUGUGCUCUCUCCGGACCUCUUCUUGACUUGUACUCUGGAAAAACCCAGCUGACUGACAUAUGGAAUAAGACCCCAUUGUUGACCUGGAAAGCUGUCUAUAUCUAUGCAGCCUGGGUAUCUUUUCAGGUGUUCUUGUAUAUGGCACUUCCAGAUGUCUGCCAUAAAUUUCUCCCAGGCUAUGUUGGAGGUGUCCAAGAAGGAGCUCGAACGCCAGCUGGCAUAAUCAACAAGUAUGAAGUUAAUGGGCUCCAGGCCUGGAUCAUCACUCACAUACUAUGGUUUGCCAAUGCCUACCACUUCCACUGGUUCUCCCCAACCAUCAUCAUCGACAACUGGAUCCCCUUGUUGUGGUGCACCAACAUACUGGGCUACACUGUGUCCACGUUUGUUAUGAUUAAAGCCUAUUUAUUCCCAACUAACGCCAAAGACUGUAAGUUCACCGGAAAUUUCAUCUACGACUACAUGAUGGGGAUUGAAUUUAACCCUCGCAUUGGAAAGUGGUUUGACUUCAAGUUGUUCUUCAAUGGGCGGCCUGGCAUCGUGGGCUGGACCCUGAUCAACCUGUCCUACGCAGCAAAGCAGCAAGAGCUGUACGGACAGAUCACCAACUCCAUGAUCCUGGUCAAUGUCCUCCAGGCCAUCUACGUGGUGGACUUCUUCUGGAACGAAGCUUGGUACCUGAAAACCAUAGACAUCUGUCAUGACCAUUUCGGCUGGUACCUAGGAUGGGGAGACUGCGUCUGGUUGCCCUACCUCUACACAUUACAGGGUUUAUAUUUGGUGUACAACCCAGUGCAGCUCUCGACCACAGCGGCUGCAGCGAUUCUUCUGCUCGGGCUCGUUGGGUACUACAUCUUCCGGAUGACCAACCAUCAGAAGGAUCUGUUCAGGCGCACCAACGGCAACUGCGUCAUCUGGGGCAAGAAGCCGAAAUUCAUCGAAUGUUCUUACACAUCUACUGACGGCAAGAAGCACCACAGCAAGCUCAUGAUCUCCGGCUUCUGGGGGGUGGCCCGGCACUUGAACUACACCGGGGGACCUGAUGGGGUCUCUGUCCUACUGCCUCGCCUGUGGCUUCGACCACUUACUGCCUUAUUUCUAUAUCAUCUACAUGACCAUUUUGCUCGUCCACCGCUGUAUCCGCGACGAGCAUCGAUGCUCCAGCAAGUACGGCAAAGACUGGAAGCUCUAUACAGAUGCCGUCCCGUAUCGACUGCUCCCGGGAAUAUUUUAAUUGCUACAAUUUCGUUCAGGGAUAUUCAUGGUAGAACUGUGAAAGUACUGUCUAUUCUCAUUGGACAAUUUUGGUUUUACAAAGCAUACAGAAUUUCAUUUUCUAUUUUGAAAAAAAAAAAAAGUCUUGGGUCUUCAGGGGCAUAA